CGACCUAACCAACGACAACAAACGUGCUGUAAAAAGCCAAAAAAGAGCCGAAAUAUCUUGUUUCACCCCAAAAAAAAGGGCUCUAUAAAUGAAAAAUGGCGGGCCGGCCACAGCACAUGCAUGACGGUGGAAUUGUUGAACGCCGGUUGCGUCCUAUUUACGAUUGGUUGGACAAUGGGAAUAAUAAGAAGGCCCUCCAAGAGGCGGAGAAGGUGCUUAAAAAGAGUCCUUCGCUGCAAGCGGCGCGGGCUCUGAAGGCCCUGUCGCUUUUUAGGUUAGGAAAGUCGCCGGAGGCUCACUCGGUACUGGAGGCGCUGGCGGAGGAGAAGCCGAGCGACGACACCACGCUGCAGGCCAUGACGAUAUGCUACAGGGAAUGCCAGCAAUUGCAAAAAGUAUGCUCCCUCUACGAAGCCGCAGUGAAAGUGGACCCGACUAGCGAGGAGCUGCACUCCCACCUAUUCAUGUCUUAUGUCCGCGUUGGGGACUACCGGGCGCAGCAGCGGGCAGCCAUGACACUUUACAAGUUUGCACCUAAAAACCCGUAUUACUUUUGGGCUGUCAUGAGCAUUGUUCUGCAGGCCAAAGAAUCGGAAGACGCAUCCAAACGCGGCAUCCUCCUCGCCCUAGCUCAACGAAUGGUCGACAACUUCAUCUCCGAAAACAAAAUGGAGGCCGAACAAGAAGCUCGCCUCUACAUCAUGAUCCUCGAGCUGCAGGAGAAAUGGGAAGACAUCUUGAAGUUCAUAGAGAGUCCGCUUUAUGACAAACUUCUGCCUGGAGCUAUCACCCAGGCGGUUAUACCUUAUUUGAAGAAGCUUAAGAGGUGGAAGCCGCUGAAUCUCUUGUGCAAGGAGCUGUUGUAUGAUAAUCCUGAUAGGUGGGAUUACUACGUCCCAUACUUCGAAUCAGUAUUCCAUCUGAUGAAGGAAUCAGACAAGAGCGACCGAUGUGACGAUACUGCGGAAAAGUGCCAUGAAUUCAUCUGCCAAUUGGUGGAGGGCAUGGGGUCGGGCCGGGUGUUACGGGGGCCUUAUUUAGCAAGACUGGAGCUGUGGAAACGGCUGGCUGUGGAUGGGAAUCCCACUGAGCUUUUAGGUAGCGGCGUAGCACUAUGCCUGCAAUACUUACGAGUAUUCGCUAAUAAGCCAUGCGCGGUGCCUGAUCUGCGGCCCUAUCUGGAAAUGAUCCCGCAGGGCGAACGCGAGCAGCAUUGCCGGGAUUUCCUCACGUGUUUAGGGUUUGACGAGGAUAGCGAGCCUACCACGCCCGACGACAUCCAACGUCAUAUUUCGUGCCUCUCAUUAUGGCGUCUGACAGCGGCACCUCUCCCCGCGGCGGAUUGUCUAUCCCUAGCUGACCGGCUACGGGCGCAUUACCUAAGAGCCAACUCCGAUGGGUACGCGAUACUGGCCGCGCACCACUACAUAUUUGCUGCGAUCGAGUUACAAACCUCAGAGCCUGUGGUGGAAGCUCUAUGUCUUCUAGAGCUGGUGCUGCACCGCUCUCCGGCUAACUUCCACGUCAAGCUACUGUUGAUCACGCUCUACCAUCUCCUAGGUAACGCAUUGGCGGCGGACAGUAUCUACCAGCGCUUGGAAGUGAAGCAUAUUCAACUGAUCUCACUCGGCUGGCUACACUGCGCGCGGCUCGGCGGCGCCGCGGCCUGCGCGAGAGCCCUGCAGCUGUUAGCUGACACCAGGGCUUUCCGCGACCACCAACAUAAAGACAGCGUAGAACACUUAACAUACGCGUACAAAUACGGCACGUUCGAGAAGCUAGUAGAGCUGGGCCGCUGGAACAGCGUGCUGCGGCGCUGCGCGUGGGGCGGCGCGGCGGCGCGGGAGCGCGCGCUGCUGGCGCUGCUGGCCGGCCCGCCCGCUCCCCUUCAUGCGCCUGCGCCGCUGCACAAGGAACCUGUUGACAACCGUGACCUGAGCGUAAUAGUGAGCUACGACCCGCCACAAUGCCAAGACCCGGACCUGAAAGCCAGGAGCUUUGAAGAGGAGCUCGCGUACUUGAGGCUCAAAGAUGGCCUGGUAUCCUCCAUAGCGCUGUGCAUAGAGCUGGCUGACGGUAGACCUGUUGACGAGAAAAAGGCUCACUACGAAGAGCUGACGGCGUGUGUGGGUGCCUUUAGCGAGGCGAUGGCGAAAUGUCGAGACCUGUACGGCACCCGGCGGCGGUGGCGGGUCUCCGAACCCUUCCCCAGCAGAAUUAUCGCAUUCGUAUCAUCACCCGUACCAUACCGGGAACUGUACUCCUGCGCACUAACGCUAGUCGGCGAGCUGGCAACGUCGCACACGGCGCGCGCGCACGCCCUAGCGGAGGAGGCUGCGCGUGAAAUACGCGGCGCAAGUCAACAACUGAGGACUGUGGUGCCUAGAGAGGGAUGGGGCAUGAGAGAGGCUUUAGAACACCUCAGUGUCUACUUAGAGUUCAUAGGCAUAAUCACCUUCCUCCUCGGCGUCUGCAACGAGCUCUCAACGCCGACCAACACCAAAAAGUCCAAAAAGAAAACCAGCCAGUCCCCCGACGAGCUCCGGACCUCAGAACUACUCUCCAAUCUCAACCAAGCGGUCCAAGACUCCGUCUCAGACCUCGAACAAAUCAUCGAAGACUGGCCAAAAUACACAUUCAACUCAACGCUAGAACAUGAACUAAAAAAACUUUCCUUAGAUAAAUACCAGUGCCCGGUUCAGAAUAAACUUAAUAGUGGACUGAAAGAUGUUAUGAGCGAUCUGGGGAAUAUACUUAAGAAGAAAGUGAAGUAUUUGAAGAGCCUGCAGUGAUGUGAUAUGCAUAUCUGUUAUAUUGAUAUUAGCUGUGGCGAUGUGAUUGUGCGUUUUUAGAGUUUAUGGUAAGGUUCAUAGGAAACGUCCAUAAAGUACAGAGGCAACGCGCAUGUGGUAACCCUGUUGUUGCAAAAACAGUAUGGAAAAAAAUAAUGGUCCCUGGAGGGAAAGUAGGUACCUCAAAAGUUCAAAACCUUAAAUUAGCUUACUUUACUUAACGGAAACAUUCGUUUAUUAUUAAAAAGAAAUAAAACUGCAUUCAACGAUUUUCUUAAAUUCGCUACCCUCGUCCGGGAAUCGAACCAACUAAUUAAUGGGCCCGGUGGGAGGUCCAUUAUUUUUUCUGCACUGUACCUAUAUCCUAUAUAUACUUUUGCCACAUUCGUAGUGUAAAAAAAAUCUAACUUAUUUACGAACCUUGUGGUCUCAAUUUGCAUGCAUGCAUGCUACAAAUGUCAAAAGGGGUUAAACUAGAAAAAAAAGCAAUGGUAAACUCCAUACAUUAAAUGUAUGGAGAAUGUCCAUGAUGUGUUUCAGCAUGUUUUUCUAUGAAUUUUACUAUACAUGCUAUUCUCUACACAUAAGUUCACUCUAUUUCGUGUUUGCCAAAUAUCAAGCUGCAAAUACAGAUACGUGAACUCAAAAAUUGGGGCACGUUCAUAAUUAGGGUCACAGUCAGCGGCCAAAGGCUGCGUUUCUACCAGGGAUGUGCUUGUUAAGAACCAAUAGAAUCGCUUCAUUUACAGAUAUAGUGCAUAAUUAUUUCCCUUCGUAUUUUCACGGAAACGUGCGAACGUGUCUUGCUAUUUCAGUCAGUCUCGGUAUGGUCUCGGUACAAAAAGUACUGAGGUUGUCUGAAGUAGCAUGACAAAUACGAACGUUUCCGAGGACAUACGAAGAAAAACAAUUAUGCACUACAUCUGUACCAAAGAGAAUAGAGUCCAUAGAGACGGAUUGUCAAAAGUAAAUUAUGUAGCCUCUGUAAAUUUACUGCCAUCUUUCGACAGAACAUAAAACUGUUAGAACGCCAUUUGACUUUGAUCCUUAUUAUUUCACUGAUAUGUGUUAACUUAUUAAAAGAAAGAAAUAAACAAACACAAUAAAACUUAAAAAAUAUUUCCUUCUUUGUUUUUAUCAAUAAAAUAUAGUUUUUAUAACUUAUUAAAAUAUUAAUAUUAACGCCAUCUGCUCGACACUAGGCCAAAGGUAUGGUGCAAUCUUUUCGAGCGUUGGCGCCAUAACCUUCAGCCUACUCUCGAGUAGAUGGCGUUAAUAUUAAUAUUUAACAAGUUAACACAUAUCAGUGAAAGAAAAAUGAUCAAAGUCAAAUGGCGUUCUAACAGUUAUAAUCUUUUCGCUUUUCGACGCCGUGUCAAACACAAAAGCUGUCACUCGGACGCCACGUCACAACUGUCAAAACUGAAAUUGAACUUUAUGCACAUGCACGUAGGUCUAUGUUGCUCUGUGGUCUGUGACCGAUUAAUCCGUCUUUGGCGUUGGACCUGCGGUGCGGAUAUAUCGGUCAUUGGCGUCCAAAAGGUUAAUCGUCCGUCGAAAGAUGGUAGGAAAAUGUACUGUAGCUACAUAAUUUAGCAUGACAGUAGCUCUCUAUUUCAAAUUCUCUUUGAUUUGUACCCAUUCUUGCUCAGCGUGAAGUGCCCUAAUCCAGUGUAGAUAUUAUACUCAUAUCACUUGCCGGUUUUAUUCUAGUUCGAUCUAGUGAGGUACUGAUCGUGUAAAUAAUGUAAUUUUAUGGUUUUAUAUGGCUAUUAUUUACUAAAAUAUACACGCUGGCCGUUAGUUACAUCUUUAGACAUAAUGUGUUGAACAUGUUAGCCUUCUAGGUCUUAGUGUGGUGUUCCACCUGUCCAAUUUCUUAGUCCAAUCUCAGUGCGUCCCGCUCUCUCAUUACCUAAAGCAAAAUGUGAGACGCAAUCAUGA